CUCUGCUUUUGGUCAUGAUUUUUUGAGAUUUUUGUUUCUGAUUUCUGGGUUUUUCUUUUUCUUGUUGUUUUUUUUAGCUAUGGCUUCAACGUUGUUACUGGCUCUGGUUUUUGGGAUUGAUGUGAUUGCUUUUGGACUUGCUGUUGCUGCUGAGCAAAGGAGGAGUACCGCCAGUAUUGGCAGUAAUGGGAGGGAAAGCUAUUGUGUAUACGACAGGGACAUUGCGACCGGCUUAGGCGUCGGUUCUCUCCUAUUUCUUGUGCUUAGUCAGACGAUAAUUAUGGUCGCGAGCCGAUGCUUAUGCUGCGGGAAGGCCAUGAAUCCGAGCGGCUCUAGAGCAUGGGCAAUUGUCCUGUUCAUCACUUGCUGGGUGUUCUUCUUGAUCGCUGAGGUAUGCUUGCUGGCAGGGUCGGUCCGGAACGCGUACCACACCAAAUUAAGGAAUCUCUUGAACGAUCCCCCGACAUGUGCGACAUUGAGGAAGGGUGUAUUUGGUGCAGGGGCCGCAUUCAUUUUCCUGACGGCCAUCGUCUCGGAGUUGUACUACAUUAGCUACUCGAAAGCUAGUGAUGAUAAGGCUAACUAUGGCAGGGACACCGGAAUAAGGAUGGGAAAUCUAUAGAUGACAAUACGGUCCCCUUGUAUGGUAUGUGAAGUAUUCUUGGUGUAGUAAUUUCAUUGUUGAUGGACCUUGGUGCGAUUUGGUGUAGAUAAUUACUUGGAUGAUAUAGAACAUAUGUGAUUGGUUAUGCCACAUUUGUCUUAACAAUGGAGAAUGGACUUGUGUGUAUGACAUGU